UUACAUAAGCCCUGCAGUUGUGCUUCAGGGUCUUAGCGCACUGAGAUUGGCCUUAAUAUAAGUGGCAGUGGCGGCUGACCGAUGGACAUUCCAUAGUCCAUUCCGCUUCAAUGAUAUACUGCCAAUCAUCAUCAUCCGAGGAGUCGCACCCGUAUCAAGCCUCAGAAGGGGUGCUGCACAGCGGGGUUCCCACGGUACCGCACAUUGGUUUGAGCGUGAUUUGCUUCCGCCAGAGAACUCUAUCGUCGCCAUAUUGUGGGAUCAUUGCCUUCACCAUCUUUGACGGACGACGCUCGAACGCCCGUCAACAGCGUCAUUGCGCGUGCUAGAAAGCCUAUGGGAAAACGUGCCACUUAAGCACAAGCACUCUUUGCUGACUCACGGACCCCUUACACUCCUAAAUCCUUCACCUGUCUCUUUCCGUCUUCCACGUUAGGGUAUGGCAUCUAAAGCACCGAAGCCAAGAUUGCCUGAGGAUGACGAGGAAGCUUACCCUUACGUGCUUACAAAUGUGAUCGGUACCGGUUCGUUUGCCACAGUCUACCGUGGCUAUCAUGUUAAAAACCGUAGUGCUGUAGCUAUUAAAACUGUCUCAAAGGCUAUCUUGACUGCCAAACUACUCGACAACCUUGAAUCCGAAAUUACUAUAUUAAAGUCUCUAAAUCAUCGAAACAUUACUGCGCUUAAGGAUAUCGUCAAGGCGGAGAAGCAUAUCUACCUCAUCAUGGACUAUUGCUCCGGGGGUGACCUUAGUAAUUAUAUCAAAGCGAGAGGCAAAGUCGACACUCUCCAAUACGUUCCGGAGCCUGGAGCCGCUCCUAUCUUCUAUCCGCAUCCCAAGUCUGGUGGUCUCGACCGAAAAAUUGUUCGGUCUUUUCUCAGGCAGCUUGCGGAAGCCCUCAAGUUUCUUCGGGAACGGAAUUUGAUUCAUCGCGAUCUCAAGCCACAAAAUCUUCUCUUGCAGCCUGCAGCUGACGAAGAUCUCGCCAGUGGACUUCCAUUAGGGACUCCAAUAUUGAAGGUAGCGGACUUUGGGUUCGCUCGAAUAUUGCCUCACGCAACUCUGGCCGAGACUCUUUGUGGCUCUCCAUUGUACAUGGCACCCGAGAUCCUCAGCUAUGAGAAGUAUGAUGCUAAAGCCGAUCUUUGGUCAGUGGGAGCGGUUCUGUACGAGAUGUCUGUUGGGAGACCACCAUUUCGAGCGAAUAAUCAUAUUGAAUUGCUGAACAAAAUCAAUCGAGCGGACAGCAGGGUUUCUUUCCCGGACGAGGAUCCAUCCAAAGUCGGAGUCAUUCCUGUUCCCCCUGACAUUAAGCAACUUAUACGUAUUCUACUUCGACGACAUCCUGUGGAGCGUGCUGGAUUCGAUGAUUUUUUCAAUUCCCCCGUCUUGAAUGGGGUUAUCCCAGGUGAUGGCAGGAGCGUAUCUGUUGCGCCGGCAGGUGAUACUAAACGGAUCAAUGAACAACCCAUCGAAUCAACACCUGUCAAAAUUGCCAUCCAAGGAAACGGGGAGGCCGCCGUUGCGGUCGAAGGUUCUCCAUAUGACCCCAAACUCUAUCAAAUGCAGAAUGAGUUCCACUUCACACGUAAGAAACACCGAGAUAAAGAUCGGUCCCGGGAUCGACAUCGCGAUCGUGAAAAGGCCGGCGAGAACACUGCACCGGUCACCGAGGAAACCCCACAGUCCGGUGUAGGAGAGCGGCAGCGAGACCCAAGCAGCUUGUCCCGCCGGUCUGGCGCUGCCGUUCGCGCGAGAACUGACGUGUCGACCCUGUUAACGUCCGUAGAUGUGGAAGGGGUAUUGCGGCAAGAUUACGUGCUGGUUGACGAUACCCGCGCAGUAGAAUUUAAUAGAGUCGCUGACGAGAUUGAAGCAGCGCGGAAAAAAUCAGUUCGAAAGCCAUCGGGGCCAUCAUCUUCGCCACGCCUAGAUGGUGCCCGUCGGACACUGGAUGCAGCUCCGACAUUCCGUCAUGUAUCGGAAGGCUCUAGCAGCGACAAUAACAGCGACAGAGACCCACACAAAGACCCACAUCGAUCUCACGGCACUCCACCCUCAUCGGAUGUUGAGCGCAAUCCUCCAACCACCGUUCCCACCUCAUCACUGCCCAAUCAUCCACCGUUCGCUGCCACAUACCGCAAGCCUACUGACUUAACCGAAAGAAAUGACUACAAAUUCCCUCCUACUCCCCGCAUGUCAAGUGGUACCACACUCGCCACUCCACUCCUCAUCAAACCUCCAGCCAGUGCCUUAGCACGUGCGUUGAACAUUGCAAGCAAGAAACUAUUUGGUAGCCCCACAGCUAUGACGGAUGGGACACCAAGUUCUCCUGGGAGCAUUACACGCCGAGAGAGCGAGCCGCCAAGUACUCCAUCGGCCGGUGACUCUUCGUCACCCCGGUUCCUUGGUGUUGAUUUGGGUAUAAGAGCCAUCUCACCCGCCGAAAACGAGCUAUUGGGUCAAUUAGAGGGUAUUGCUCGUAAGGCACAUGUCUUGUCUGAGUGGGCAGAUACCAAAUUUGAGAAAGUUGAAGCCUCGCCUUCCAAACCUCUUUCAGAUCCUUCUCAAUUUGUUCCGAAGCGGGGUGAAGCUCCUCACCGGGCAGACAGCCGGCGAAAACGCGAAAUCGAGAUGGAGCAGCAUGCAAUGCAUUGUAUAUCAUUAUACCUGACGGUUAUGGCAUUUGGGCAGAAAGCUAUCGAUUUGAUUCGAGUGCACUCUCAACGGGACGAAAAUCGCAGUCCCAGUUCUGGCGUUGACGAAGCAUUCAGCUGGGCUCGGGACACGUUUAACCGAAGCAUGGAUAAGGUGAACACACUUAAGACGUGGCUUCCGGAGGGAUAUAGCCAGAAAACAUUGUGGAUAGAUCGGGUGAUAUACGAUCACGCCCUCAAUCUGCUGAGACAUGCUGCCACCCUCGAACCAAUAUUCGAUAGACACAAAGAAUGUGAAGAAGAGUAUGAACGUGCGCUGUGGAUGCUGUAUGCCAUAGAAGAUGACGUUGUUCAGGCCGAAAAUCCUUACGUCGAGCAGGACAAGAAGACGAUUUCGAACUUCAUCUCUAACACGAAACAGCGUCUCACGAAGUUACGUCAGCGUGUUGAUAAAUUAUAAAUUGAUGAAUGAGCUUCAUCGCGGGAGCCUUGCACCUCGGACGUUAUUUUUUAUCUGCUUUUUUUUUUCCUUCUCUUUAUUUCGUUUCAGUCUCUUUCGCACGUUUAAUGGGUGAUUUCUGCCAGUAAUUUUUCUUUCCGCUCGGACUCCUUGCUCUUAAGGUGAUGCACAACGCCCUUCCCAGAGCUACCGUCUUUAUCAAUCGCACACAACUGUUGUAUUCUAAGGACCUCGCACCUUCAUCUUUGACUUUCUGGUGCUUCGUUACAUUAGAGAUCUAGAAAUUAUUCGAAAGUAAUGUGUUGUUCUAAUGAUU